AUGGCCACCCUAGGCCUCUCCAAGGUUUUCAUAUUGGACAAGUACUUCACGGAGCUGCAGAAGUUCUGGGAGACUGAGAAAAAACUUCAAGAUGCAUCCUCAUCCAACGAAGCUGUCCACCUGCAGCAGCGUCUUCGCAGUCUCAGCACAGAGCUUGUUACCUUGAGGAAUCGUUUGCACGUGAGCCAGCCCGGCAAUAACUCAACGAGUGGUAGUGGUGGUAGUGGUACAAACAGUGCCUUGACACCGGCAUGUGAUAAGGGUGCUAACGCAUCAGUAGCACCAGCAGUACCACCACGCACAACUCACGGUCACAACGCCACUGUGCCCCAUGGAAUUGGACACACAUCCGGUCACAGCGUCACAGCAUCCGCUAUUAUACAUCCGCACGCCAAUCACUCUACCACCAACGGUCUUGGCCACAAUUCUACCGCAAACAAUUUAAUAUCUGAUCUGGAUGCGCCGAAGCGUCCCGACGAUGGACUAGUAUCGUGUGUAACGGCUCUUGGUGCCCUACGGUCACCGCCCAUAUCCAGGAUCAUUGCAGACGUUAAAAGCGGAAAGGGUUCGCAGAUACAGCAGCGAUGCAUUUCAAAGACAUCGAGCCAGGCAAACGUUGCCGCAAACUCAACUACUUUGGAAGACCUUAUUCACUUACCCGGGCCUCUAACCGAGGACGCUGUGCUCAAAUGUCUGCAGGCACGUUUCUGCGCAAAGCAAUAUCACACGAAUGUGGGCCCAAUCCUGGUGAGUAUCAACCCUUAUACGGACGUUGGAAAUCCAUUGACACUGACGAGUACACGAGCAGUGCCCCUGGCACCGCAGCUCAACAAGGUCGUGCAGGAAGCCGUGAGACAACAGUCGGAGACUGGUUACCCACAGGCCAUCAUCCUCUCGGGUACAAGUGGCUCUGGCAAGACUUAUGCCUCGAUGCUACUGCUGAGACAACUCUUUGACGUCGCUGGAGGUGGUCCUGAGACUGAUGCAUUCAAGCACCUCGCUGCUGCCUUCACUGUUCUCCGCUCACUCGGAUCAGCCAAGACAGGCACCAAUUCUGAGAGCUCGAGAAUCGGUCACUUUAUAGAGGUCCAAGUGACCGAUGGUGCUUUGUACAGAACGAAAAUCCACUGCUAUUUUUUGGAUCAGACGAGGGUCAUCAGACCACUGCCGGACGAAAAGAAUUAUCAUAUCUUCUACCAGAUGCUCGCCGGGCUAUCGCACGAUGAGAGAGUAAAACUGAAUUUGGAGGGUUACAACGUCAAAAAUUUACGAUACCUCCAGCAGGGUGAUAGUCGACAGGACGAGGCAGAGGAUGCAGUGAGAUUUCAAUCCUGGAAGGCUUGUCUAGGCGUUCUGGGCAUACCAUUCUUGGAUGUUGUUCGCGUACUAGCGGCAGUUCUCAUUCUUGGCAAUGUUGGUUUCACCGAUGGUCCCGGUGUGGAGGUCAGUGUGAUCGGUGAGAACGAGUUGGCGUCUGUUGCAGCGCUUUUGGGUGUACCACCGCCUGCAUUAUUAAGGGGUCUCACAUCAAGGACACACAAUGCAAGAGGACAACUGGUGAAAUCUGUUUGCGAUGCAAACAUGUCCAACAUGACGAGGGACUCACUGGCAAAGGCCCUUUAUUGUCGCACGGUUGCUACUAUUGUGAGACGUGCCAACAGUCUGAAGAGGCUUGGAUCAACACUGGGUACACUGUCGUCUGAUUCCAAUGAAUCCGUACACAAUCAGGCGGAAGUGACGAGCCAGCACGCCUCGACUAUUGGUAGUUCUGCUGGUGGCACAGGCUCCCGAAGUAUGACAGCCCUGAACAACGCCGUGAGGCACGCAACAGACGGCUUCAUUGGUAUACUUGAUAUGUUUGGCUUUGAGGAUCCAAAGCCGAGUCAGCUUGAACAUUUAUGCAUAAAUCUGUGCGCCGAGACUAUGCAGCACUUUUACAAUACCCACAUAUUUAAGAGCUCCAUUGAAAGCUGCCGUGAUGAGGGUAUACGGUGUGAUGUUGAGGUGGAUUAUGUUGACAACGUACCAUGUAUUGAUCUCAUAUCAUCCUUGCGUACGGGUUUACUGAGCAUGCUUGAUGUUGAAUCUUCAAUGCGCGGCACCGCUGAGAGUUACGUUGCCAAGGUUAAAGUGCAACACAAGCAGAAUCCACGAUUAUUUGACCCGAGAAGUCUUGACUGCAGGUCUUUUGGAAUUCAACACUUUGCUGGUAGAGUCACGUAUGAUGCCUCUGAUUUCCUUGACACGAAUAAGGAUGUAGUGCCAGACGAUCUUGUUGCUGUGUUUUACAAGCACACGUGUAAUUUUGGAUUCGCCACUCAUCUCUUUGGGAGUGAAUUGAAAGCACUUUAUGCCAGUGAUACAGUGCCGAGGGGCGUGAGCUUCAGGAUAUCACCGACAUCUCAUACAGAUCUUCUAAAUGGGGAUGAGCCAAUUUCCACUCUCACUCAGGAUUUCCACACGCGUCUUGAUAAUUUACUGAGAACCCUAGUGCAUGCUAGACCGCAUUUCGUAAGAUGUAUACGAAGCAAUGCCACCGAAACUCCACUUCAUCUAGACAGAGGAGUUGCAAUGCGACAAAUAAGAUCGCUGCAGGUUCUCGAGACAGUGAAUCUCAUGGCGGGCGGCUAUCCCCACAGAAUGCGUUUUAAGGCAUUCAACGCACGAUACAGACUAAUCGCACCAUUUAAGCAGCUGCGGCGAGCCGAGGAGCAGGCUGUUGAGGAUACAAAACUUAUUCUCCAAAAUGCACAACAAGUGAAGAGUAAGUUUGGCGCUAGCACCAGCUGGGCACUUGGUAAACGGCAUAUCUUCCUCAGUGAGGGUAUCCGACAGCAGUUGGAAAAUCUCAGAUCAGAAACGCGGAGAAAAGCUGCCACUGCUAUACAGACAACCUGGAGAGGGUGGAGAGUGCGCAAGCGAUGGCCGAUGCGGAGAGCGCCUUUACCAGUGACUUCAAACCUCAGUUCUAAGCAGCCACAGCAACCAAGCCACACAGGCACUCGCCCCAGGAGUGUAAACGGAGGCACUGGUACAGGCACUCGACCAAGACCACAGCCAAUAGCUGGCACUCCCCCUCCAGAUCCCACUGAAAAAUGUGCAGACCAGAAAAUGAUACAACAAACUUGCACCCUCUUCGGCCUGGAUUUGGAGAGACCACCACCAGUGCCCCCCAGCAGAUCCUACACAGUAACUGGGAACACUAAGCUGGGAUAUCCUCAGACACGAGUUAUGAAAAUGCCUUUUCCAGAGGAGGGAGAUGGCGAAGUUGUACUUCUUAAAGGUGAAACAGUCCUUGUUGUGGGUGCAUCACCGAGGCGUGGCCAUCUGCUCGUUGAGCACAACAAUACAACGCUACACGUGCCGUAUCAGUUUAUGGAAUUGAAACCCUGUAACAUUAACGUCUAG